AUGUCUGGUCCAGAGACACUUCCGAUACCUGGCUCGGUCUACCUUGUAGACGUCCAGCAGAAGUACGAAACACCACGUCUACACGAGCCCCGCAGCCGCGAAGCGACGGACAUAAUUUUGCACCCUACUCCGUCCCGGGACGUAAACGACCCUCUGAACUGGAGCAGGCGUCGAAAGCUCGUACAGCUGAUUUGUCUCAUGAGUUACACGGUAGCGUUGGGAGUUGCAACAACUGUCUUCUACUCAAUCCUCAGGCCCAUAUCUGAGGACACUGGGAUCCCGCUCGCUACGCUCAACCAAGGGAGCGGAUACAUGCUUGGUUGGGGUUCCCUCAUUAAUUUGCCGAUUGCCCUCACAUUUGGGAAGAGAGGUGUUUUUCUAUUGUCUGCUCUAGGGAGUACACUGGUUUGCUUAUGGAUCCCGCACAUUAAGACCGAAGGACAAUGGAUUGCAGCAAAGGUAGUCCAGGGAUAUGUGUGUAAUCCUGUGGAAACGCUGUGCGAAGUGUGCAUAACAGACCUUUUUUUCACGCACGAGCGCGGAAGAUACAUCGGAUUGUAUACACUAUUCCUUUUUGUUGGAAACUACUGCGGUCCCAUUAUAUCUGGCUUUAUAUAUGACAGUCAAGGAUGGCACUGGGUAAUGUACUGGACAGCAAUCAUCAACGCGGUCAUGUUUGUUAUUUUACUGGUGCUCUUAGAGGAGACGAGCUACACCAGGAGUCCUGGAGGAGAACAGAUAUCUAAACGACGCUCAGACAACGAUUCCGAUGAAAAGAAAAUAAUUUCCAAUAACAAAGGGCAGGAUCCGGGUACACCACUAGACCAUCGCAGUUUCGACGUGCUUGAAACCUCUGACGAGCAAUCUUCACAGCUCGAAGGUACUCUGACGCCAUUGUUAACCCGCCUCGCGAUUUUCAACAGGAGGCUUGCACCAAACAAGAUGUUGUUGACGACGGUGUGGCGACCAUUACUGUUGCUUCGAUUCCCCUCAAUCUUCUGGGCUGGUUUCCAGUAUGGAACGUGCCUGGUGUGGUACAACGUCCUGAACGCUACGUGCUCUCUCAUACUGAGUGAUGCGCCGUACAACUUCCGGGCGAGUUACGUUGGCCUCACUUACUUCGGGCCUUUGAUCGGCAUGAUAAUUGGGACGUUUUACAGCGGUUACAUUGGUGACCUGUUCUCCAUUGCUUCCGCAAAACGUAGCGCCGGCAUACGUGAGCCUGAAAACCGGCUCUGGCUCAUGUGCAUUUGCCUCGUUCUCUGUCCAUCAUCCCUAAUUUUAUGGGGUGUCGGUGCUGCACAUCAAAUUAAUUGGCCUGCACUAGUAAUCGGCAUGGGCAUGAUCUCGUGCAGCACGGGGAUCGGUAGCGCACUCAGUAUUGGGUACGCGUUGGAUUCAUACAGGGAUUUGUCGGGAGAAGUUAUGAUGGCCGUCAUUAUCAUUAGGAAUACCUUGUCGUUUGCUAUUGGGUACGGAAUCAAUCCAUGGCUCGACAUGGGUCUUCAAAAUACGUUUAUUUGCGCAGCGUUUGUUGGUAUGACUAUCAAUAUGUCGUUUCUGGGAGUAAUUCGUUGGGGAAAAUUAUGGCGGAAGAAGAGCACGAAAAAGUACUGGUCAUAUGUUGACAAAGGGUCGCUGAUGACGCAUUAG